UCAGCGACGAUUAAAGGCUUUGCUCUGGCAUAGGAAUUUAGGAAAAAAAAAAAAAAAAGCUGCGCUAAACUCUGUCGUGACCUCAAACUCUCCGGACUGGUUUAAAAAAUAGAUUGAAAGAAAAUCCAUCCUGAAAGCGAUUCAGCAUAGGAGGAGAUGGAAGUUUUCCCCUUGCUCUUGGUUUUGUCCGCCUGGUGGUCUCGAACCUGGGACUCGGCGAAUGCGGAUUCAAUCAUUCACAUCGGAGCAAUUUUUGAUGAAUCUGCCAAAAAGGAUGAUGAGGUGUUUCGCACAGCGGUUGGUGACCUCAACCAGAAUGAAGAGAUCUUACAGACUGAGAAAAUCACAUUUUCAGUGACAUUUGUCGAUGGCAACAACCCUUUUCAAGCAGUUCAAGAAGCCUGUGAACUUAUGAAUCAAGGCAUCUUGGCCCUGGUCAGCUCCAUUGGCUGCACAUCGGCAGGUUCCCUCCAGUCUCUGGCAGAUGCCAUGCAUAUCCCCCACCUCUUCAUACAGCGCUCAACAGCUGGGACCCCGAGGAGUGGCUGUGGACUCACCCGGAGCAACAGGAAUGAUGACUACACUCUCUCUGUUCGCCCACCUGUCUACUUAAAUGACGUUAUCCUGAGAGUGGUCACAGAAUAUGCCUGGCAGAAAUUCAUCAUAUUCUAUGAUAGUGAAUACGAUAUCCGUGGAAUACAGGAGUUUUUGGACAAAGUAUCUCAGCAGGGAAUGGAUGUUGCACUGCAGAAGGUAGAAAACAACAUCAAUAAAAUGAUCACCACUCUCUUUGACACCUUGAGAAUAGAAGAAUUGAAUCGCUAUCGAGACACUCUUAGGCGAGCCAUCCUUGUUAUGAAUCCUGCUACUGCCAAAUCCUUCAUUACUGAGGUUGUGGAGACUAAUUUGGUUGCUUUUGACUGUCACUGGAUCAUUAUAAAUGAGGAAAUAAAUGAUGUGGAUGUUCAGGAACUUGUAAGAAGGUCAAUUGGAAGGUUAACAAUCAUUCGGCAGACGUUUCCAGUCCCCCAGAAUAUAAGUCAGCGAUGUUUCCGUGGCAACCAUCGAAUAUCUUCAACAUUGUGUGAUCCAAAGGAUCCAUUUGCUCAGAAUAUGGAGAUUUCAAACCUUUACAUAUAUGACACGGUGCUUCUGCUUGCUAAUGCUUUUCAUAAGAAACUGGAGGACCGAAAAUGGCACAGCAUGGCAAGUUUGUCAUGCAUCAGAAAGAACUCUAAGCCCUGGCAGGGAGGGCGUUCCAUGCUGGAGACUAUCAAGAAGGGUGGAGUCAGUGGGUUGACUGGAGAGCUAGAAUUUGGAGAUAAUGGAGGAAAUCCCAAUGUCCACUUUGAAAUUCUUGGAACAAACUAUGGAGAAGAGCUUGGCCGAGGUGUUCGCAAACUUGGGUGCUGGAAUCCUGUCACAGGGCUGAACGGGUCACUGACUGACAAGAAACUGGAGAAUAACAUGCGUGGAGUGGUUCUCCGUGUGGUGACUGUUCUGGAAGAACCUUUUGUAAUGGUCUCUGAAAAUGUCUUGGGUAAGCCGAAGAAAUACCAGGGCUUCUCCAUUGAUGUUUUGGAUGCCUUAUCUAACUACCUGGGUUUUAACUAUGAAAUUUAUGUUGCACCGGAUCACAAGUAUGGAAGCCCACAAGAAGAUGGGACAUGGAAUGGCUUGGUAGGAGAACUGGUCUUUAAGAGAGCUGACAUAGGGAUUUCUGCUUUAACCAUCACCCCAGAUCGUGAGAAUGUGGUGGACUUUACAACACGCUACAUGGACUACUCAGUGGGAGUACUACUUCGAAGGGCUGAAAAGACAGUGGAUAUGUUUGCCUGUCUCGCACCAUUUGAUCUCUCUCUAUGGGCUUGCAUUGCUGGCACUGUUCUUCUGGUGGGUCUUCUGGUCUACCUCCUAAAUUGGCUUAAUCCCCCACGAUUACAAAUGGGAUCAAUGACAUCUACUACUCUCUACAACUCCAUGUGGUUUGUCUACGGAUCCUUUGUACAGCAAGGUAAGGAGAAUAAAAAAAGCAUUUUGGUGGGGAGGUCCCCAUACACGACUCUGGCUACUCGAAUGAUGAUGGGGGCUUGGUGGCUAUUUGCAUUGAUUGUCAUCUCAUCUUACACAGCAAAUCUUGCUGCUUUCCUCACUAUCACCCGCAUUGAAAGCUCCAUCCAAUCUCUCCAGGACCUUUCCAAGCAAACAGACAUCCCUUAUGGCACAGUACUGGACUCUGCCGUGUAUGAACAUGUCCGGAUGAAGGGAAUGAAUCCUUUUGAAAGGGACAGCAUGUAUUCCCAAAUGUGGAGGAUGAUCAACAGAAGCAAUGGAUCAGAGAAUAACGUUCUGGAAUCCCAAGCAGGCAUUCAAAAGGUAAAAUAUGGAAACUAUGCGUUUGUAUGGGAUGCAGCUGUAUUGGAAUAUGUGGCUAUCAAUGACCCAGAUUGUUCAUUUUACACCAUUGGAAACACCGUUGCUGAUCGGGGAUAUGGAAUUGCAUUGCAACAUGGCAGUCCUUACAGGGAUGUUUUUUCACAAAGGAUCCUGGAGCUUCAGCAGAAUGGUGACAUGGACAUCCUGAAGCACAAAUGGUGGCCAAAGAAUGGCCAGUGUGACCUGUAUUCCUCAGUGGACACAAAGCAGAAAGGAGGCGCCCUGGACAUAAAGAGCUUUGCAGGAGUUUUUUGUAUCCUGGCUGCUGGAAUUGUCCUCUCCUGCUUUAUAGCUAUGCUGGAGACGUGGUGGAACAAGAGGAAAGGCUCCCGGGUCCCAUCAAAAGAGGAUGACAAGGAAAUUGACCUGGAGCACCUCCAUAGACGUGUAAAUAGCUUGUGCACAGAUGACGACAGCCCCCAUAAACAGUUUUCCACCUCGUCAAUUGACUUGACCCCUCUGGACAUUGACACUUUGCCAACACGACAAGCACUGGAGCAAAUCAGUGAUUUCAGGAACACUCAUAUUACCACAACAACCUUUAUCCCAGAGCAGAUCCAGACUCUUAGCCGCACACUAUCAGCUAAAGCUGCCUCUGGUUUCGCUUUUGGCAACGUGCCUGAGCACCGAACUGGCCCUUUUAGGCACAGGGCACCUAACGGGGGCUUUUUCAGGAGUCCUAUAAAAACAAUGUCAUCUAUUCCUUAUCAACCAACUCCUACCCUGGGGCUCAAUCUGGGUAAUGAUCCAGACCGAGGCACCUCCAUAUGAGCAUCAAACAGAAUCUCUUCACUGUUUCUUUUGUAGGACUCCCUUUGCAAGGAGCGACUGUAAUAUUGUGGGACUAACAUGGAUGUAACAUUAUUUUUUGAGAAAAAUCAGGAUUAUUAGUAACAAUUAUAGUUCUUUCUCGCCACCUUCUCCCUCUUCUCUCUCUUCUAUUUCUUUCUCCUUUGUCCUCUCUUUCUGUACAUUUCCCUCCACUUUUUUUCAUUACUCAACUUGUUCCCCCAGAAUAUAGUAUACUAGGAUCCUAU